GACACGAAGAUGUGUCUAUGUUUGCUUUACCUUGCGUGAAAACAUUGUCUUUUACCUCUCACCCCAAAUCAAAGCAAUCUACAAUUCAUCCCCAGUACCUAUACCUCAAGCCAACAUCAUCACAGCACAUAUAGUCUUCACUGAGUCUGUUGUGUUGAGCGUUGCUCUGAUAGGUAAACAUCUCGCUUCCCCCCGCCCACUCGUGGAGAAACUUGUUGUACUUCAAGAUCAACAAGAGUAUUGUUCUCUUUCAAUUUAUAAUUAGUUAUUGUCUAAUUCGAAGCGAGCCAUCUACCGAUACAGACCACCCUAAUACACUACCGUCUUUUAAAGCACAAGUAUGUCACUGUUUUUUCCAUCUCUCACCUACGGUUUUCUUUUUAAAUAGAGCGCCAGCACCCACCAGACAAAUAUAAAAUUUCACAAUAACAAUCCUCAAGAUACACAAGAGGAUAUGUCACCUACUGCCAUCACUAUCCUUGAACCGAAUCCUACUUUUGAAAGUAUCAAUGCAUCCUAUGAUAAAGGUUCUUACAUUGAACUCAAUGGCGCAAAUAUUUCAAAGAAUGUUAUUGGAAAUGCUUUGAAGCAGAGGGUGGAGAGUAUUGAUCAUAAUAUCUGCGAAGCUGGUGAAGAAGAUUCAUUCUUUGUAGUUGAUCUGGGCGAGGUCUACAGGCAGCACAUGAGAUGGAAGAAGAAUCUCCCUAGAGUUAAACCAUUCUAUGCGGUGAAGUGCAACCCCGAUCCUCAAGUUAUCCGCCUUUUGGCAGAGCUGGGCACAGGCUUUGAUUGCGCCUCGAAGGGUGAGAUUGAGCAAGUCCUUAAGAUGGGCAUUGAUCCCAACUACAUCAUUUACGCCCAACCAUGUAAGACGAGCUCUUACAUUCGCUAUGCUGCAGACCAAGGUAUCAAGCAAAUGACAUUUGACAAUGGCGACGAAUUAUACAAGAUCAAGAAAUUAUUCCCAGAUGCUGAGCUAUUCCUUCGCAUUUCUACCGACGACUCCUCAAGCUUGUCCCCCUUGAGCUUGAAGUUUGGUGCUGCUAUGAACGCGACCAAUGAUCUCCUUGCACUCGCUAAAAGUUUGGGUCUUAAUAUUGUUGGUGUCAGCUUCCACGUUGGAUCUGGUGCUUCCGACCCUUUGGCUUUCCGAAAAGCCGUUCAGGAUGCUCACUCCGUUUUCGAGCAAGCUCUCACUCACGGUUAUCACCUACACACUCUUGAUAUUGGUGGGGGUUUCUGUACCGAAAUAUUCGAGCUUAUGACUGAUACUCUCAGCAAGGCACUAGACGAAUUCAUGCCUAGCCACAUCAACAUCAUUGGAGAACCAGGACGUUAUUACGUCUCCAAAGCAUUCACACUUGCUUGCAACAUUAUCGCUCGUCGCACCAUCAAAGAUCCAGUUUCAUCGGAUAAGAGCUAUAUGCUUUACUUAAACGAUGGCCUUUACGGCAAUUUCUCUGGUAUCGUAUUUGAUCAUCGAAACCCUGUUGCCCGAGUUCUUCGAGCCGGCAGUUUUACCUGCUUUGACUCUUUGACUAACCAGGAAACCGUUGAUGGUAUCCAGUACUCAAUUUGGGGUCCCACUUGCGAUGGUAUUGAUCGUAUUUCUGCCAACAUUUGCUUCGAUCACAACCUCGAUGUUGGGGAUUGGCUCUACUUUGAGGACAUGGGCGCGUAUACUAAGUGCUGUGUUACGAGAUUCAAUGGUUUCACUGAUAAUCAUGAUGUCAUAUAUGUUUCUAGUGAGCCUGGUACUAGGGCCUUGCUCGGAAUAUAAAUUUCUAAAGUCAUCUUGUAGGAAGGUUUCAAGGAAUCAUAAAAGUUGUAUGGACUUCAAUCGUGUAUCCAGGAGGGAGGUAUGGAGGAAGAAGAAGCACAUGCUGAUUGGAGAGUUUUCAUUUUCUUUGAUAGAUUUGAGUUUUAAGCUGCGUAUAGAAAUGAAUCAAGUAUAUAUGAGUUUAUUCUUGUUCUAAUAUAAUACGUAGGAUUGUUAAUUAGAUCAUAGCUUUUGUAUUUACAAUCAUGACAGGCGUUGGGUAUCGCUUUGUUCAGCUAAUAUAAAGAUGAAUAUGACCUCCAUCAGGCAUUUCUACGCCAGAUACGACUCCUCUCUCGAAUUACAACAAGUCAAUAAUCCACAGCCGACCAGUAGGUACACAGACUCACA